ACACCGAGCAUCUUUCUACAGUGCUGCUCCCUGCCUGCCUUCCUGCAUCACCGCUCCACUUCUGUUACUGAGCUGCGUGCACCUGCAGCAAACACAGCGCGCGAGUCCUCGGGGUAGCUAGUUUAAUCUCUCCUCUGCACAAAGUCCAAACCUUUCCGUGUCAAGUCAGUGAGUCAUAGUCAGUUCGGGAAGCGGUGAUGAAUGACGGUGCUGACUGCAGAACUGGACCUGGGCCCUAACCUGAGGAGACAGAGUGAUAGUAGAGAGAGAUAGAAAGAGACAUAAACUGAGGAGAGAGAGAGAGAGAGAGAGAGAGAGAGAGAGAGAGAGAGAGAGAGAGCGCAAGGAAGAGAGAGAGAGAGACCGUGCUUACUUGUAGUUGCCGAGAGCCGCGUGACAGGUGAGAGAUCAUACCGUGCAGCUUGAGCCAUAAAUUUGCAGAUGCCGACAGAUGUGCCCGACGACAGGCUCAACAACGAGGAGAAAGCGACCAAGUGUGACAGUAUGACCCUGUCCAGCACCCCGACUGUGCGCAGAGGAAGCACUCCUCUGCCAGUUAAGCACCAGCUUAGACGAGAAGAAGCUGUCCAUGAUGACUGCGACUGGACAUCAGGUGCAGCCGGACCUUCUGCUUCACCAAUCAGCUUCAGUCCAGCCUUGGAUGACAGUCUGACUGUGGCUGUGGAGGGCAGACCUGAUGGGCCUUUAAGAAUCGCCUUGCUGGGGCAGAACGGUGUGGGGAAGUCUUCUCUGGCCCUCGCCCUCGCUGGGGACAUGGACAGGACUGCGUCUGUGGAUUCUGAAGGGGAGGGUUAUGUGCGCACAGUCACCGUGGAUGAGGAGGAGAGCACCAUCAUUAUCUAUGACAACUGGAGACAGGACCUGUCGGCUCUGCUGUGUGAGGUGUGUGUCCUGGUGUUUUCAGUGACUGACAGGCGUAGUUUCCACCGAACUGCUCAACUCCGGCUUCUCCUGAGGGAGACUCAGCCCCAAACACCCAUCAUCCUCGUCGGUAAUAAGAGUGACCUCGUUCGCACACGUGAAGUCACCUCUCAAGAGGCCAUGUCCAGCUCCGCCCUCUUCAACUGUCUCUAUCUGGAGAUCUCUGCCUCUCUGGACCACCGUACUUCAGAGCUCUUAGAGUGUGCAGUGCGGCUAGCCAGGGGCCAGCCCCCCUGGCCCCCGGGUACAAGUGCAGAGGACAUGAGCGGCGGAGGCCAACGUGAGAGCAUCACCUCCCGUGCCAAACGUUUCCUGUCCAGCCUGGUGCCCCGGUACCCGCGAGAGCGAGAGGUGGGCAAGUUCCUGAGGCAGAAGUCCCGCUCGUGCCACGACCUGGGGGCGCUGUGAUCGGGCGCCGCAGGGAGUUUAAUGGUCAGAUUGUUAACAGAGGUAGCUGGAAGUGAUGUAGUAUACCAACAAAGAAAGGAAUAGGGAGUGAUACAGCAAAAAGAUGUGAGUAACAGCGGAGGUGUGAAGGUGCCAGAGUGAUGGCAGGACAAUGUUGUGAGUGAUCAUCAUGUGCAUCCAGCAGAGGAAAACAGGGAGAAUGACAACAAUGUUAGUGACGAUGUUUAUCCAUAGGAUGAUAUACGUAGAAACUUUGUACACCAAACCAAACAGCAAAGAGAAGAUAAAAUACUGUUGUAGAGCACAUGUAAAUAAACUAUAGUAGUAAUACAUAACUGCCACCCUCAUAGCUUUGAAUUGAUUGAAUUUUGAGUCUUGAGAAAGUCACUGCAUGUUUGCCUUGUUAUUAAACCAGUUGUCACAAUGAAGAGGAAAGCAGUGGUCACAUUUAACAACAGUUAGAGCCCAGGAUAAAGUCAUGACCACACACAUUCAGAACUCAGUGGGUCAGACUUUGCUGAUGAUUAAUGUAAAAUUUACUCUCAGCUAUUGUGGUAUCCGUGGGGAUGGUAAACAGUAAAAUAGUGAAAUGCCAGCAAGGAUGGAUGGGAAUUAAAGAGUUAAAAACUGGACUUAUGGGGCUCUGCAUGGCAAUAAGAGAAGGAGCAGAGAAGGAAAGAUUACUGUAUAUAAAGUGAUUGUUGCCAUGUUACGGUUGUCAAGGAGACCUAGAAUCACUGAGACAUACACAAUGUGUCCAUUUCAGCUCUGUGGCUAUAACUCUACUCUUCAUGCUGCAUAUAGAUUUAGAGAUGGGGAGGCUGAUUCCCAUUCAGUCAAUACUAUUUUUAAACAUAAAAUUCAAUUCCAAAAUUAAAAUGCAGAGGAUUUUGUCAGAUAUCAGCUUCUCUUCACUCAUCUGUAUCGCUCUCUACCCUCAGCACUUCCAUCCUCCCACUUCCACCCACACAUGAACAAAGAUUUAGCACAUCAUAGGUCGUUAUACCCAUCAUUUGUUAUCAAAGGGAGAGCUGUGCUAUAAUAGAAGUAAAAAAUAAAAUGGUGGUAUGAUA